GUCACUCUCGCUCUCAUUUGUCGGAAUUGAAUAUGGUCUAUCGCUCAUUCUUCGCUGCUUUUGAAUGUGUGUGGGAGUAUCGUAGUCAUACAAGUAUUUCCUGCUGGGUACUUUUUUUCUACUCUCUCUCUCCCUAUGGUGCUGCUCGCGUAGUUUGCUCUCAAUCGAGUUGCUUCUGUGCUCGUAGCGGCCAAGCUGUCUACCACCGCUUGCUCAGUUGCCGCGUAUUCUUCGCAGCUGUCGGACGUGCGGAAGAAUAUCGUCGCUUAUGUGCUUAGAAGGAAUAACAGUUUAAACAACAAAUAAACAAAUACUAUUUAUAGGUUGUGAAAAUAUAAAAGUGCUGUAGUGCAAACACCUAUAUGUAUAUAUUAAUAAACUGCAGCACAAACAAGAAACUAUAAGAAAAUUAAUAGAAAAUGUCGCCUUUCGACUGCAAAUCUCGACGUGGCACCAAAAUAUCAGUCAUUAUACUGGGCAGUGCUUUAUGUAUUGUCAUGAUGGCUUUUUUUGUUUUCGGCGACAGCAACGACGAGCAGGGCUUGAAAAAGCUACGCAUGAUAUCAAUUCUGUUUCGCCAUGGUGCCAAGAAUCCGAGCGGCUUCUACCCCAACGAUCCGCAUGCAGCGCACGACUGGCAGGAAGGCCUUGGUGCACUCACACAGAAGGGCAGCUUGCAGUCAUACAAAUUGGGACAAAAUCUGCGCAUGCGCUAUUAUCGCCUGUUGCCAUCGAACAGCAUAUAUACACAGCAGCAAGUGCAUGUUCUAAGCUCCGCCGCGGAACGCUGUGUGAUGAGCGCUCAAAGCGUGUUGGCCGGCCUGAUGCCGCCGCUGGAUAACAACAAUGUGUUGCCCAUACCCUGGCAGCCGGUGGCCAUAAACACCCUAGCCCGCAAUGAUGACAUUUUGCUGGCACAGAAAAAGCCCUGUAUUAAAUACGAGAGCAUACUUCAGAAGUUAUACAAAAACCCGCCACCUGAGCUAGAAAAGUUGAACGAGGAAAACAAGGCGCUAUAUAAGUUACUCACAAAGAACACGGGCAAGAACAUCUCCAAUGUGCUAGAUGUGGAAAUGUUGUAUACCACAUUAAAAACAGAAGAGGAAGUCAGCCUUGCCCUGCCUGAUUGGACUGAGAAUAUAUACCCGGAGGAAAUGCGAUCAUUGGCUGAGCGCAGCUAUGCUUUAUUCACCGAAACGCAUCUUAUGAAGCGCAUUAAAGGUGGUGCAUUCCUCACUGAAAUACUUAAAAAAAUGCAAAACAAACGCAAAAAGAAUUUGAAUCCGGAUCGUAAGAUAUUUCUGUAUGCGGCCCAUGAUGUUACUCUUGUGAAUGUUAUGAACUCUAUGGGAAUUUUGGAUCAGACAUCUAAGUUGCCAGAGUAUGCCUCAGCACUGGUUUUUGAGCUGCAUCACAGCAAAUCUUUCGCGGAUGGAGAUUUCGAAGUGAAGUUGGUAUACUAUUUUAAUAGUGAAGACAAAUUCCCCAAGGAGCUGAGCAUUCCUAAUUGUGAUCCACCCUGUUCGCUGAGUCAAUUUGCAGCUUCGCUGGAGCCCCUUUUACUAGAUAAUUACGAUGAUACCUGUGAGAAUCCCACAAUUGACUGCAAGACUUAAAAUAUUUGUGUUUUGUUUUACC